AUGGAGACGAGAAACGUCGGGAUAAACCCACGUCUUCCACCACCAUCAAUGAAUAUCACUAAAGAAUUAAUGAUCAAAGAGGCACGUGAAAAUAUGAAAAUGAAUGUAGAAGAAUAUAAUUUCGCUUUUUGUGGUCUACGUCGUGCUCGUUAUAAUGGAGUAAUGUACGAAAUGUAUCAGGAUCAUAUAUGUCAAGCGCCAGAUCCAAAUGAAAUUGAAAAAGCUGUGUUCAAUCAUGAAAUUAGACAGCAAGCAGAACAAUGUCAUGAUCCACGAAAACCGUCGAGAAGAACUUGA